AUGAAAGCUGAAGAGCUCUCGCACUAUGGUCCAUCCAUAUGUGUAAAAUUCCACGGAGAUUAUGUUGUGGCGGGCUACGGUGUGUACAUUCAUGUCUACGAGGUAAAAAGCGGCAAGCUUGUUAAUCAAUCACAAAUUUUCCAUAAAAAUAAGGUUCACGGACUUGCGAUUCAAAAGGGACUGAUAUUAGCUUACGGCGCGCGUUCUGUCAGCAUAGUUCCGUGGGAAAGAGUCUUGAAGUACUCAGACAACUGCGGACUCGAAAAAAUGUGUCCAGAGUGGAUCAUCAGCGCAGAAUUCAGUUUCAACCGCUCUUCGGUAUUUUUACUGACAAGUUAUAACAAAGUUUUGUGCUGCGAUCUGGAGCUCACCGUUAAGAGUACCAAGGCUGUAUUUGGCGAGAGGGCAAUUUUGUAUUCGGGCACCAUAACGGUGCAUAAUGAUGACAAGGUAAUGGUAAACGCGGGUACUGUGAUGGACGGUAUAUUCGUAUGGGAUUUGUUUUCAGAGCAAACCCAGCAUCACUUCACUGAUCAUGAAGGCUCCAUUUUUUAUGUCACCGCUAGUGAUGAUGGAAAAUUUUUGGCAAGCUGCUCCGAUGAUAGAUCUAUAAAACUUUGGGAUUUAUCAUCGGGCAAAUUAGUCUCUACAGGCUGGGGACAUGCUGCUAGAAUCUGGAACUUGCAAUUUUUCGGCGAGAACUGUGACAAACUUAUCAGUGUAUCCGAGGACUGCACUUGCCGAGUGUGGGACGUCUGCCAACAAGGAGAGGAUCUCCAACAGAUGGAUAUCUUUGAAGUCCAUUUAAGUAAAAAUGUGUGGGGAGUGGAUGUGGAUUCUGAAAGGAUGAUUGCCGUCACAUCUGGUAAUGAUGGGCGCAUUAAAUUGACAGAUCUGCUGUUGAAGAGUAGGAGUGGAGACGAAAGCGAGCUGUUUUCAAUGGACGAUAUAAGGAGCCACGGUAUUGAUCUGCAGUCAAAUGAAAUCGUCAAAGGGUUUUACUGGCUAGAAUUUGGGCUCGUGGUAAUGACAUCCGAAGGUCGGGUUCUCCAGUAUAACCAGGAGACCCUUAAGUGGUCGUCUCUGCUUAUCGAUAGGAAAUUUGCCCGCUACUCUACGACAUCGGGUGUCCAAGAGUUUGAAAUUGUCAUUUUUGCAGGUGGCGAUUGCGAUCUCCUCAUUUUGAAGUUUUCCAAAGAUGGCGAACUCCUAAAGCGCAAAAGUUCCCACGUCGAAGCACUUUCGAAGAGCACAAUGUGUUUGGUUGAUCACGAAGGCGAAAACUUUAUAGUUGCCCUUCAAUCUCCCAACGAAAGGGAGCCUUUGUACUGCGUUAAGUUCAAUGGCGAGUCCUUAGAAGAAGAAGCACAUUUUUGUUUUGCAAAGCCCGCAAAUUUCAACUCUAGCAGCAUACUAUAUCACCGCAACUUUCUAAUUUUGGGUUCAAGGUACAGCACUCUUGUAGUUUUUGACUUGCAACACAGCAAUUCUCCUCCCAUGAUUUUGAAUAGAAUCCUCCCAGGGGACGCAAUUACGUCAAUAAGAUUCGUGGAAGCUACCAUUGAUGGGCAUUCACUUUUCUCUGUUACAGACAGGGAUGGAUACUAUUGUUUUGUAUCACUUGAGUUGGGUGGCAUGGGAAGCGAUAUCGUACUCGUGAACAAAACUUCGAAGGGUUUCUUGGAAGGAGCUUACUACGAUGAAAGAGGUGAUUACAUUACUUACGGCUUCAGGUCAAACACUUUCGGUAUUUACAACGAAACAAAGCAAUUUGACAUCACAAGUGUUUUAUGUGGAGGCUCUCAUCGUCAGUGGAAAUUUUUGCCAAAUUUCGGAUCUGAAGAGUUUGUGCUAAUUUACGUCAAAGCUUCUUGCAUUAAUCUGCGAAGGUUCCACAAAUCGGUGACAUCUAUUGCCUUGCGCAAUGGGUUACACGGAAGGGAAAUAAGAGAUCUCACAAUCUGUCCUAAUAAAUACGGAGAUAACGAUCACAUUUUCUGUUCUGGUGCUGAGGACACAACGAUCAAAUUGAACCGUCUAGAGGGCGUGACGGGCAUGACGAAAACCGUUUGGACCCUCAGGAAGCAUACAUCGGGGCUGCAGCGGUGCAAGUUCGUGAGUGACGAGUACAUGAUUUCAUCAGCUGCACGCGAGGAACUGUAUCUGUGGAAGGUGUCCACAAUGUAUGACUCCAACCCGUAUAUCAAAAUUCUGGCAACAUUACCCCCCUCAACAGAAAUCCCCGACUUACGUAUAAUGGACUUUGACGUCAAAUUCAUUGAAGGAACGAACGACUUUUUACUAGUAACAGUAUAUUCUGAUUCUGCUAUCAAGGUUUGGUUUUAUGGACAAAAAUCAGAAAAGUUUACACUGUUGGGGGAGGGAAAAUACGAAACCUGCUGUCUUCUGAAUAUCUCUUUAGUGGUUUUAGCAGAUCGGUUGGUCAUAGUUGUGUCUCCUACGGAUGGCCACUUGGUUAUCUGGGAUUUAACGGACUCCACACCAGUUUAUGUGAAGGACCAAAAAGUUUAUUGGAAACCAACUGAUUUUUCGACACCACUGCAGCUACCAUUUUACCUAAUGAGGUUACAUGUGCACAGCGCUGGCAUCAAAACUCUCCAGGUACGGGUAUUAUCUGCAAACGCCUUUUUAGUUUAUACUGGCGGCGAUGAUAAUGCGGUGGCCAUUUCUGAAUUUGUGACACAAAGAGGUAAGUCAGGCAUCGUGGGCCGCGUCCUGGACUGCCAGACCGCGGGUGCCGCAUCAACAAUAACCUCCGUAAAUCUGCUCAACAAUGGUGCCAACUUAAUAACGGCCUCUGUCGAUCAAAAGCUGAGGUAUUACAAUGUGAGUGGUAACAGUUUGGCUCUGAAGGAUGUGUUGUAUACCACGAACGCCGAUACCGGGUGUGUAGAUGUUACGCCAAGUGCGACUAACGGCUCCAUUGUAUUGGUUGCGGGAGUUGGCUUUUCUGCAUGGCAUCUAGAUCAUGAGGAUAGCUGA